GCCCAGAGUUCGGUUGAGCUGUGGAGAGCCGCUGUGAGAGAGAGCUGCGCCUAGUCUAGCUGAGCCUGACUGAGCAGAGCCUCCGGAACCGGAACCGGAGUCGGAGCCAGAAUCCGAGCCGGACCUGCAGCGGAGGCUGAGGGGACCGAAGCCCGUACACCUAAGUGUUCAUUCCAGCAUGUCAGAGGGGGAGACCCAAACAGCACCCAGCAGUGGUUCAGAUCCAAAGGCAGAAUCUUCAUCUUCAGCCCCAGGGUUGACUUCUGUGUCACCUCCAGUGACCUCCACAGCUUCAGCUGUUUCUCCAGAGGAAGAGGAAGAGAGUGAAGAUGAGUCUGAGAUCCUGGAAGAGUCACCCUGUGGGCGCUGGCAGAAGAGGAGAGAAGAGGUGAACCAGCGGAAUGUACCAGGCAUUGAUAGUGCUUACCUAGCAAUGGAUACAGAGGAGGGUGUGGAAGUCGUGUGGAAUGAGGUGCAGUUCUCUGAGCGAAAGAACUACAAACUUCAGGAGGAAAAAGUUCGUGCUGUAUUUGAUAAUCUGAUUCAGCUGGAACAUCUCAACAUUGUUAAAUUCCACAAGUAUUGGGCUGACAUUAAGGAGAACAAGGCCAGGGUGAUUUUUAUCACAGAAUACAUGUCUUCUGGGAGUCUGAAACAAUUUCUGAAGAAAACAAAGAAGAACCACAAGACCAUGAAUGAAAAGGCUUGGAAGCGGUGGUGUACACAGAUCCUCUCUGCUCUUAGCUACCUGCACUCCUGUGACCCCCCAAUCAUCCAUGGGAACCUGACCUGUGACACCAUCUUCAUCCAGCACAAUGGACUCAUCAAGAUUGGCUCUGUGGCUCCUGACACCAUUAACAAUCAUGUGAAGACUUGUCGGGAAGAACAGAAGAAUCUGCACUUCUUUGCCCCUGAGUAUGGAGAAGUCACUAACGUGACAACAGCAGUGGACAUCUACUCCUUCGGCAUGUGUGCAUUGGAGAUGGCAGUGCUGGAGAUUCAGGGGAAUGGAGAGUCAUCUUAUGUUCCACAGGAGGCCAUCAGCAGUGCCAUCCAGCUACUGGAGGACCCACUUCAGAGGGAGUUCAUUCAAAAAUGCCUGCAACCUGAGCCUGCUCGUCGACCUACAGCCAGAGAGCUACUUUUCCACCCUGCACUGUUUGAGGUGCCCUCACUCAAACUGCUUGCUGCACAUUGCAUUGUGGGACACCAACACCUCAUACCAGAAAAUGCCCUGGAGGAGAUCACCAAGAACAUGGACACCAAUGCUGUACUGGCAGAAAUCCCUCCAGGACCUGGGAGGGAACUUUAUCGGACCCUGUAUUCUCAGUCACCAGCUCUGGAAUUGGAUAAAUUCCUUGAAGAUGUAAGAAAUGGGAUCUAUCCCCUAACGGCCUUUGGGCUACCUCGGCCCCAACAGCCCCAACAAGAGGAGGUGACUUCACCUGUAGUGCCCCCAUCUGUGAAGACUCCAACACCUGAGCCAGCUGAAGUAGAGACUCGAAAGGUGGUGCUGAUGCAGUGCAACAUCGAAUCAGUAGAGGAAGGAGUCAAACACCAUCUGACACUCCUGCUCAAACUUGAGGACAAACUGAAUCGGCAUUUGAGUUGUGACUUGCUGCCCAAUGAAAACAUCCCAGAAUUGGCUGCGGAGCUAGUGCAGUUGGGCUUCAUCAGUGAGGCUGACCAGAGUCGCCUGACCUCUCUGUUGGAGGAGACUCUAAACAAGUUCAAUUUUGCCAGGAACAGCACCCUCAACUCAGCUGCUGUCACCGUCUCUUCCUAGUGCUUACUCCUAUGCCCUGGGCUGUGACUGUCAUCGGACCUGCUGCAGCCCCUUCUUGCCCCCUCCCCUCUGGGAGUCAGUAUUACCCAGUGCAGCCCCCUCUCCCCUUAUUAUUUAGGAGGGAGGCGGAAGGCUCUGGUUUUGAGCAUCAUCACUCCCCUUCCCUUUUUCUUCCUCUUCCCCUGCACUUUGUUUACUUGUUUUGCACAGAACUGAGCCGGGGGUACUCAGCUGCUCUUUCCCCUUGGCGGGGUAUCCAGUGGCUGAUUUGCCCUCAGGCUUUCCGCCAGCUUCCCUGAGCCUGCCCAGCCUGUGCUGGAAAGAGGUUGGGGCAGAGGAAGCUGAUUACACAAUCCCGCUAGGGAGGAACUGGUCUGGAGAGGUGGGAGGGUGCUGCAGUGUGGCCCCUUGGGGCUGUGUGACUCAGUUGCUGCUGUAAUAAAGUCUACUUUUGCUAA